AUGGCAUCAAACCACGCUAUCAUCUUCGGAGCAUCUGGCGUUAUUGGCUGGUCUCUGGUGAAUCAACUGUUGGACCCCUACCCCGAUGCUGGCACAUUCUGCAAAGUGACUGCUGUCACAAAUCGUCCCCUCAAACUAUCUGAGACUUAUUGGCCGGAGCCAAGCUCGAAACGACCUGAACUACAACUCGUCUCCGGAAUUGACCUUCGGCAAGGUGAUGGAACUUCAUUGGCAGAGAGUUUGAAGCGCACUGUGAAAGAUGUCGAAAGUGUCACCCACAUCUACUAUCUGGUUUUUGGUGCAGUAAAGGAGAUCAGUGUGGAAGUCGCAACAAAUCGUCAAAUGUUCAAGAAUGUCAUUGAUGCCCACAAUUUGAUCAGCCCCAACCUGAAGUUUAUAGCAUUUCCUGGUGGAACACGGGGAUACGGAAUAUACGCCCCGGGAGGCACUUUCACUCCACCUUUACGCGAGGAAAUGGUGAAUGAUCUUCCAACCAGUUAUGCAGAGACAGUCGUAUAUACCGAGUACCGUAAACUUCUUGACGCCGCAAGCAAGGAAAAGAGCUGGACUUGGUGUGAAGUCUGCCCAGAUGCAAUCAUUGGCUUCACCCCCAACGGCUCCCAGUACAGCCUGUCACUGCAUUGGGCCCAGUAUCUAUCUCUGUGGGCCUAUAACCAUGGGAUCGGACCCCAUACAAAUGGAACUAAAAAAGCAGUCGAAGUACCCUUUCCUGGCAGCUCGGCUGGUAGCACCUCAUUGUUCUCUCCAGUAUCCAGCAAGACCAUUGCACGGUUCAUGAUCUAUGCUUCGCUGCACCCAGAGCGCUGCGGUAACGGUCAGCUGUUCAACAUUGCCGACAACAGCGAACCAUGCAAAUAUGGCGAGAUCUGGCCCUAUCUGGCAAACUGGUUCGGCCUGGUAGGUGUGGGACCUGCCGAUAGUCCCAUAUCUCUGGACAAUACAUUGAAGGUUGGCGAGGUCCCUGAGACCACCCCUUCUAUUAUGCCGGGGGACUAUAUUGCCGAGCAUAAGGGCAAGUUUGCUGACUGUGGAUGUCCGAAUGCUAUUAGUGGAGGUGUUGGCGUGGGCAAUCGGCAGCUUGACAGCGUGGGUUACUGGUUGACCUUCGAUCGGGAGCUAAGUUUAAAGAAAUUGAGGGCGACUGGAUUCGAGGGGGAUACUGAUCCUGUUCAGGGCUGGCUUGAAAGCUUUGAGAUGUUUAGAAAGGCUGGCUUGAUACUCUGA